AUGUCAAUGCUCGCAGGACUAUUCGCUCUCACGUUAUGCGUGAUGCGUGAAGGACUUGCAGGCAAAGCCGUUGUCCAGUCAAAUUUCGAAGACUCGCCUUCAGAGCGUGCCUCACCCACGAGGCUUGCUGAUCCAUCGGGGCCAAAAUUACUCAUGGGAAGAGGACCACCUCGUGACAUUACCAAAAACAAAGAAAAGCGCCGACAGCAGCCAGAUAGGCGCUAUGCUAGUCAUUCAAUAUCAACUGGCUCUAUUUCAAUUCCGCUUCAGUUUCCUACGUCAUGGCUUGUCGACCCAUUCAGUACAUUGCCAGGCGCCAGUGAUGUGCCUAUUAUUACUACUCGACUAGUCUUUUAUUUUCAAUCUUCAUUUACAGAUCAGGGCAGUUUCUUUGGCUUAAUGAGCAUGUGCGCUGCCCACCGAGCUGUUUUGGCUGGACAUCAUUCACAGUUCCAAGCUACUACAGCAGCCUCCCAUCGCUUUUUACACGAUGCAGAUUAUUAUGUUAUGAAAGCCAGGUGUAUUCUAACGAAGCGUUUGGCACAAUCAUUAAUCUUCUUACGGGUGCGGUAUGUAUUCCUAUUUUCUUUGCUCCGGUCGCUUCCAUGUUAUUGGCAGUGGGCUGCGUCGGGACUCAUGACCCAGCCGGUUUUCCCUUUGGCUCGGGACUUGCAACCGGUUUCAGCCAGUAUUCAAGAGCGUAUAGCGCCCUCGGAUACGUCAGAAUUACAGAGAUUGGGCGCUGCAUUCGUCUCUGACCUCCAACUCAGCUCAUGUUUGCUAAGUAUUCUCCGUGCUAUGCGUGAUAUUGUACUUUACGGCCAGGCUUGCAACCAAAACCCCGCUGUACUUUGCACUGAUGACCACGAAUUCUUUCGCAGUCUCAAUCGUGAAGUUGAGCAUAAGCUCCUUAGUUAUGUCUAUUCUGAAUCCACUACACGAGGCAGGCCAAUUUCUGAGGCAACCUCAUAUCUUGGUUCUCUGGAAGCGGUCACCAGGAUCGCUUCGAUCUGUUACCUGAACCAUUUUCUUAUUGUAUCGCCCCCGUCUUCUGGGCUGGGUCGUGCGCUCACAAGACAUUUGAAGCAAGCUCUGGCUGACUGUCCUUGGCCACCGUUAUCGAAGGAGGGUCAUGGUUUGCUCGCAUGGGUGUUAUUCAUUGGUGCUCAAAGCUCGGCAGGUCAGGUUGAACGCCCGUGGUUUGUUGAGCGUCUAUCCCGCAUCGCCCUAGUUUGUGGGUGGCACACCUGGAGGCAGAUGGCUGACGUGUUAAUUGAUUACUUUUAUCUUCCUAGUACCAACCAAGCGGACUGGGAAUCCAUCUGGAAUGAGGCCAUGGUUUGA